CGGAAGUGGCUGUCACGGAGGCUGCGCACCGGGCCUGAGCGGGAUUCCAGCGGCGAAAGCGCCGGCGGAGACCGACUUGAGGUCUUGGUCCCGCACUCCAGCCUCUAGCAACCAGGAUUUGCGUUCUGCUUGUUCUGGACUGAGGUACCCAUGUUGAAGUUACUCGAAAAGGAGAAAAUGUGUUCCGGGUAAGCCCAGACCGCUCCGGAAAUGCGAUGGCCGAGGAGCGGGCACCAAGGACCAGACUGAGAUUGGGUUUCAAACCAAGAUACUGGAUUCUCCUAGUUCAGAUAAAAAGCUCUGAGCAUGUAACAGUGAAAAUGGCAUAAUCUGCAUUCACAUCGCACAAACUGAAGACAUGACCGCUAAGGAACACACGUGGACUUGUGGCACAUGGAUAUGUGUGCACAAAAAAAGGAAAUCUAUAAUUCUUUAAAGAUAGGACGACAUUCUUCCUCACCAACAUGGGUACUUUCUGCUCAGUUAUCAAGUUUGAAAAUCUCCAAGAAUUAAAGAGACUGUGCCACUGGGGUCCCAUUAUAGCCCUCGGUGUUAUAGCAAUAUGUUCUACGAUGGCCAUGAUUGACUCUGUGUUGUGGUAUUGGCCCUUACAUACAACUGGCGGAAGCGUGAAUUUCAUCAUGUUGAUAAAUUGGACUGUCAUGAUUCUUUAUAAUUACUUCAAUGCCAUGUUUGUUGGUCCUGGCUUUGUCCCUCUGGGGUGGAAACCGGAAAAUUCUCAGGAUAGCAUGUACCUCCAAUAUUGUCAAGUCUGCCAAGCAUACAAGGCACCACGGUCACAUCACUGUCGAAAGUGUAACAGGUGUGUGCUGAAGAUGGACCAUCACUGUCCUUGGAUCAACAACUGUUGUGGUUACCAAAAUCAUGCUUCAUUCACACUGUUUCUCCUGUUAGCACCAUUGGGCUGUAUUCAUGCUGCCUUCAUUUUUGUUAUGACGAUGUAUACACAGCUUUAUAACCGGCUCUCCUUUGGGUGGAACACGGUCAAGAUUGAUAUGAGUGCAGCCCGGAGAGAUCCUCUUCCAAUUAUUCCGUUUGGAUUAGCUGCAUUUGCUGCCACCUUGUUUGCCUUGGGAUUAGCUUUAGGAACAACCAUAGCCGUUGGGAUGUUGUUUUUUAUCCAGAUAAAAAUAAUUCUCAGAAACCAAACUUCUAUUGAAUCAUGGAUUGAAGAAAAGGCUAAAGAUCGAAUUCAAUAUUAUCAGCUAGAUGAAGUCUUUGUUUUUCCUUAUGACACGGGGAGUCGAUGGAAGAACUUUAAGCAGGUAUUUACCUGGUCAGGGGUCCCAGAAGGAGAUGGACUGGAAUGGCCAGUCAGAGAAGGCUGUCACCAGUACAGCUUAACAAUAGAACAGUUGAAACAAAAAGCGGAUAAAAGAGUAAGAAGUGUUCGCUAUAAAGUAAUAGAAGAUUACAGUGGUGCCUGCUGUCCUUUGAAUAAAGGAAUCAAGACAUUCUUCACGAGCCCCUGCACGGAAGAGCCUCGGAUACGGCUGCAGAAAGGGGAGUUCAUUUUGGCCACGAGAGGGUUACGAUACUGGUUGUAUGGAGACAAAAUUCUUGAUGAUUCCUUUAUAGAAGGUGUUUCAAGAAUCAGAGGGUGGUUCCCUAGAAACUGCGUGGAGAAGUGUCCCUGUGAUGCUGAGACAGAGCAAGCCCCAGAGGGCGAGAAGAAGAACAGAUAGCCACGAUUAAAAUCCAGUGAUUCUUUAAGUCCGCCCCAUUACUUGAAAAUUGUGCAUAUCACUAAAGAAUAAUGCAAUGAGCCUACUCUGGUUAAGGUGUUCUUUUCCUCAAAGGUGCCCUAGUGCCAUGAUCCAAAUAUUGUUAUGAACAUUUUGAAAUGGAGAAGCCAUUCUGCAUAUGCCUUUGAAUUCCUGCCCCUCUUGGCCACCUCUUCCUCACCCCAAAAGGAAAAAACACUUCACCCAAGUAAGUCAAUUGCAUCUUCUCUAGGGUAUUUUACGCACUAUACACGAUGGACCUCACUUGCAGAUAUCGUUCCCCCUUUGCCCGGAGCAUCUGCAUGUGAUGCUUCUGUCCCGUUUCCCCCUCAGUUGGUAUUUCUUAUGUAAUAUUCUAGAUACUAUAGAACUUAAUUUGUCAGAUUCAAUAUAAGCUCAGAUUUUGUUACCUGUCUUUUAAUAAUGCUUAUUUUGUCAAAUCAAAUAAAGAUCAAUGGAUGUUCUCUAUAA